AUGAAUAUUAAAAAGUUUCAUCUCCUCAAUAUCUCGCUCUUGCUAAUCAACGUCGCGUAUUGCUUAACCGUUACAUGUGACACGGGUGGCAACUUAGUCCUGACAUCCGACUACGAAGAACUCUCCAACGACAUCCUGAGCAACAACUUCAAUCCUCCCCUUUCAGAUCCCAUCAAGCUCGGUCCUACCCAACAACAACCAUUUCCGAGAAUUGGAACCGCGGGAGCUUGCCUCCACAACGACUUCCUUUUCAGAAGCGCCAGCAUCGCCCUGAGCGACGUGCAGGCCGCAGCAGCGGCUAUCUUUUCACAGUGCUUCUUGGUUCCAGGGUUGACGGUAGCAACCGGAGGACAGGCGACCCUGACUUCGAACGAUGGGAGUGGGAUCACGGUCAUUUUCGAGGUCGGACCGCCUGCUCUGUUAUGUUAA